AUGCUGGCAGCGACUACCAAUGGAUACGAUGUCACAGCCUAUAUUUCCCACUCCCCAGGAUUGGAUGGGUUGGUAUCCGAAUCGGAUCUAUCACAGUUACCAGACAACCUUCAAUUGGAAAAUUUCAGUGCCGAAAGGACAGACUUGCUGUCGGCACGAACGAUGGCGUUAGCUUUUGCUAUAACUCGAUUCUUGCACUUAGUGCAAUACUUGCGCGCAUGUGUCUACGCUCGCUGGGGAAAAGGAACAAAAGUCCAAAACCACGAGUCAUGGGCUCAGUAUGUUCACCGUAUCAUUCAUCCCGAGAUGUAUGCCAUCGUCAUCGGGCUGAUAUUUUCCAAUAUGAUUUUCUUCGCUGUGGUUGGGGUCGUCUUUUCUGAAUUCGGUACCACCGUAGCCGGGGCAUCCUUAAAGGUUGGGCUUUGGGUUGGUGGGUUCUUGUUGGAGAUUAUUUCGCAUUUGUGGUAUCCCGCUAUGCAAAAGCUAAAGCGCCCACAACCCACAAAGAGAACAAUUGGGCUUCCAAACCCCGAGAGCCUAUCAGGAUACUUCGACACAAUUACGACAGUUAUCCUAGGAGAGGGCAUUAAUGGGUUCGCUGGAACACUCGCUUCAAUUCUUUCUAUUCCCGGAGUAGGCAGAGCGAUUGCUGUGAAUGUUGUCAGCACGGCCUUUAUUAUAUGGUUUAUUGCCUACAUAUACUUCGAAGGCCCACAUAGUGGCACCACUCCUAAGGGCGAAGGUAUACGACGAAUGAUCUGGAUGGUGAUGUACCUCCCGCUUCUGGCUUCGAUUUUCCUUUUGUUCGUAGGCAUGAAAAACCAGUUUUUACUCACAGCUUUUAUAUCCACAAUCAAAGCAUCAACCGCUGAACUUCGUGGUCUAUUAAAUCGAGCUCACUUCCCGAAUAACAUCACAAACUCUGCUCUCUGGGAAACUAAUCCUACCAUUAAAGAAUUUAUGUUUGCGCGUAAAAUAAUUUGGUCGGAUGAGUACCAAAAGCUGAUAGAAGCGCGCGGAAAUUCGACGAAUAGUCAGGAAUGGACAGAAAAUGUCCAUGCAUGGACAUCACGGCUGUCCCUAACUAUUGCCUCGAUGGGGAAGGACGGCGUUCCUGAGAAUGUACAAACACUAGUGGACACCUACUACAACGUUAAUUCGACUUUCUUGAAUCAGGACUUGCGAUUACAAAAUCAAGACCCUCGAUUAUCCAUGUACUCCAAGAUCUUAAUCGAGCUGAUGGAUGGGAGCCUCCAGAGCGCACGCUAUAUUCUGAUAUUCGCCGCUGCGAUUCUUAUAUCACUCGGUCUUCAAAGCUUGGCCCACUCUGAGAUCAAGGCCAACGACCCCUAUCAAAGGGCUGUUAUUACAUGUCGCCUUAUUAUGGGGAUCGUGCUUUCUCUACUUCUACUCCUCAACCUCGGAAAGUACGAUGAUUUUUUUGUUCCUUCCAACAAACUCUCUCAGAGGAUAGGGGUAUUCCAAUGGCUAGAGGCGUUCUGGGUGUUGCCCACGAUCGCAAUCGCCUAUGGUAUCCAGUUCCUAAUUGAAGUGACAUUGACCCGCUUCAUGGACACAACAAAAGAAAACAAGCGGAAAAAUUCAGACACUGAGGCUGCCAGGCCACCAAACCUAACUUCCCAGUCGUAUUAUUCUGAACCCGACAAAGAUGCCGAUUAUUCUGGUCGGCAGGGUUAA